GCAGUCAGCUCAGCCACAUUUCUCAACAUCGAGCAUCCUGUCUCUCAAGUCAUGGCUUCCUCCGGCUUUGACCCUUACUUUCCAUCGACUUACAAGAGGAGAGUAACAGUGCGCAGUUCAGGAUAUGGAUCUGGUGGAGGGAUAGGAUCCAGGUCUGCCUACACCAGCCACUCUGCCCCAAUAACUUCUUAUGCAUCAUCUCGCAGAAGUUAUCCAACUCACACCAGAGCUGUCUCCAGCUACUCCUCCGUGCUCUCAGCUCCACUGUCUGCAGCUGCGACCGAGCUCCGCCUUGACCAAGCGGCCCAGGUCAGUUCUGAGUUCAAAGUCAUAAGGACCCAGGAGAAGGCGGAGCUGCAAGACCUGAAUGACCGCUUUGCAAGCUUCAUCGAGAAAGUCCAUGACCUUGAGCAGCAGAAUAAGUUGCUGGAGACCGAGCUCCUGCUGCUCAGGCAGAGGCACACAGAGCCCUCCAACCUCCGAGGCCUGUACGAGCACGAGAUCCGCCAGCUCCGCGCCGCUGUGGAUGAGGCCCGCCAUGAGAAGCAAGCCGCCCAAGACCACAGGGAUGAGAUGGAAGAUGUGCUGAGGAACCUGCAAAAGCGCUACGAGGAUGAGGUGAUGGGCAGAGCAGAUGCGGAGGGCAGACUCCUGGAUGCCAGGAAGGGAGCGGAUGAGGCCGCUCUGGGCCAGGCUGAGCUGGAGAAGAGAGUGGGGACUCUGCUGGAUGAGCUGGCCUUCCUAAAACGUCUCUGUGAGAGUGAGAUAGCCGAGCUGCAGGCCCAAAUUCAGUACAGCGCACAGGUGUCAGUGGAGAUGGAGGUGGCCAAACCUGACCUCUCGGCCGCCCUGCGAGACAUCAGAGCCCAGUAUGAGAAGCUGGCACAACAAAACCUCCAAUCAGCUGAAGAGUGGUUCAGCAGCAAGAUGAAUGUGAUGACAGUGGGAGCCACUCGCAACACAGAGAGCGCACGAAGCGCCAAGGAUGAGGCAGGAGAAUACCGCCGGCUGCUUAAAACUAAGACGCUGGAAAUUGAGGCCUGCAGGGAGAUGAAUCAAGCGCUGGAAAACCAAUUCCAGGAAGUGGAGGAGAAGCAGAGUGGAGAGAUCUCUGCACUGCAGGUGAGCCCGAGACAAACGCUGACAUAAAUAAAGAGACAGGCAGGGCUGCAAAUAUCUCUGCCCUCCUGUGAUAUUAAAACAAAUGUGAUUUACAAUUGAGACAUCAGUUAUUGAGGAUGAAAUGAAACCGAGAAGAUUAGCUGGGCUGCUUCUUCCAGACAGCCAAUAAUGUGUCUGUAACACGUUAUCAUUUCUCUGCAGGAUACAAUAAGUCAGCUGGAGGACGAGCUGAGGGCAAACAAGAAUGACAUGGCUCGCUACUUGAAAGAUUAUCAGGACCUCUUGAACGUAAAGAUGGCUCUGGACAUCGAAAUUGCAGCCUACAGGUGAGAGUCGGUCGCCUAUAUUGACAGAUUUCGAUAAAAACAGUCUCAGUAUCUCAUCUUUGUUAUGUGUUUGUGUUUGUUUUCAGGAAGCUUCUGGAAGGAGAGGAGAACCGCCUAAAUGUGGCAGGAGCUGGGUCUGUCAGCGUUUACUCCCAGGGCGUGUACGCCGCUCCGUCCUACGGGAGGACUCAGUUCUCCCUGCAGUCCGCGCUGAGCUCCGCACCGCCGUACCUGCUGAGCUCCCGCCUGUACUCCCCGUCACUCCUGGUAGAGGAGACGAUAUCUGCCAGUCAAGCACAGCAGGCCGAGGCCAGCGCUCCUGAGGAGGAGGAGGAGGAGGAGGAGGAAGAGGAGCAGGUGGAGGAGGCAGAUAAGGAGGAGGAAGAGGAGGAGAAGGAAGAAGAGGAAAAGGAAGAAGAGGAGGAGAAGGAAGAAGAGGGUGAAGGAGAAGAGGAAGCAGAAGAAAAGGAGGAGGAAAAAGAGGAGGAAGAGGAGGGAGCAGAUGGAGAAGGUUAGUGCAGUCAUAAUGAUUAACUGACGCUCACAUAUGUGUCUUUAACGCUUUUCUGUUUCUUCUUCCUCUUUAAUUUUGUUUUGAAGAAGCUGAGGGUGAAGCAGAGGACGGAGAAAAAGAAGAUGAAGAGGAAGGAGGAGAGGAGGGCUCCAAGAAAGACGAGGACGAUGCUGAACAAGGGGAUGAAGAGGGGGAUGAGAAAGGGGAUGAAGAGGCUGAAAAACAAGAAGAGGGGGAGGAGGAGGAGGAGGCUGAAGAGCCGAAAGGAAAAACAACCGAUAAAAAAGUUUAAAUCCGAGAGCUUUAACAAAAAUCCUGCUAGCAUUGUAGCUGAAGACGUCUUACCUGGUGCUCUGUAUUUAAACCAAAUGAAAAUCUCUUAAUUCCGAAGACAACACCGCAGAUUCUCAGUCUGAUCAACUCGAGUGACUCACAGCAUGUCCGCACACUGAACCAGCAGAAAUGAAAUCAAUAUUAAAGCUAAUGUAAACCACGGAGAGAGAGAGCGAGCAGGACUCUGCUUCUUCUGCAUAAACACCUGUGUGCUUUACUCUCGCCAGAACAAGCCUACAAACUGUCUGUAUGUGCAAUAACCAGAUUGAAAUGCCUUACCAAAGUCCUCACUGAGUGCUUUAACUCCAUGAUGUGCUGCAUUGAACUCCAAUAAAGCCUUGAAGCCUUGUCAACCCAUAACUCGCCUCGGGCUUUUCAUUUUGUCUUGUCAAAUUAAGAAACAUUCAGGAAGAUUAGCAGCAGAAUUCAGAUUUGUCCGUGACUCACUCCAAGAAGCGGGGAUUGAUUCUUUAACUCUUCGUUAUUCAGCCCUGGGAUCCUUUUUCACACCACAUUCACUUAAAAC